GUCUUGCAGGGAGAAUUAUUCACCCAAGCUUCGGACAUUUACAGCUUUGGGGUGCUUAUGCUUUUGAUGAUUCCAAAUUUGAUAAUGAUCUUGCAGUAAAAAUUUGCAUGGGAUUGCGGCCUGAAUUUACUUCUGCUACACCCGAGUGCUACAGCAAGUUGGCUAAGUGUUGCAUGGACUCAGAUCCGUUGAAACGUCCUAGUGCCUCGUCUAUCUACGAGAAAAUAUACAAUUGGUGUUACUCUAAUGAUCCAGAGCAAGAAAAAGUGCGAAAACAAUUUUACGAAACAAAUGAAAGAGAAGAACCAUUUAUUGUUAAUCUGACAUUUACAACAUAUUCAAGUGAGCCCAUUAACGUUCGCAGUAUCACGGAAAUGGUUUAUUGUUGCUUAAAUUUAUAA